AUGGAACUCGGCGACUCGCCUCGUUCGAACUCGGAGACAACGGGCUCUGAUGUCGCAAUCGAUCACAAUGGAGUAUUCACGGCUUCUGCCUCCACUGAUGAAAAUAUGAAUAUGGCUAUUAGCGCCGAGAAGUUAGUUAGGAGCUUCCACACAAGCACCAAGCUGCCUUCUGGCGCUCCGGCGGAGCUUCCCCGGAAGUUGAACGGUUCAGCGUGUGAGGCAUGUGGGCGCCCCGAAGCCGAGGGUUGUGUGGUUGUAUGUGAUGGCUGUGAACGUGGAUUUCAUGUCGGUUGCUUGGGAAUGCUGGUGGGAGAGGCCAUCGAGUUGGAGGAGUGGAUAUGCGGGAAGUGCUCUGGUUGUGGAGUGCGGAGUAAUCGGUGGAAUUUGGGAUGGAGGAACAAAAGGAGGCGCGUAGAUACUGAUUCUGUUGUGGAUAUAACUGGAACGCCUAGGAGUGAAGGGGAAGGUCAGGGCUGCAAGGAUUCAUUGCUCUUCAGAAAGCACAUUCCAGGUGAUAAUCCUUUUGGUGGAAAUCUAUUCGGGCUACCUGUGGAAGUUACAAACUUGCAGCAUUUUAAUAACAGUUUUGGCUCUCAGGAAGCAACUGAUACUGUAAAACUCCAGUUUGUGCCCCCAAGUUUGGGAGCUGUAGAUUCCUGUUUGAAAGGCCUCAAAGGUGAAAAUAAUAGUACAACCAUGGGAUCAUCAACUAAGGAUCUGAGUGAGAUGUUGGCAUGUGGAAUUUGA